CCCCAUAUUAAAUCAGACAAUUCAUGUAAUUUGUCGGAUAUGGUUUUUUUAAUAUUUCCUUUGUAAAAAUGAAAAAAUUUGAUUAAAAUUCAAAUGUUUCUAACAUAGUUUGUUUCAUAAUUUAGCGAAGUCGGAAAAGAGUGUACAAUUUUUAAGUUUGAAUUGUGAUAACAUAACGCCGGACGCCAUUUUCCCACGCUGGUGUGGAUUAUCGACGUUGAACUUUGUGUUUUUUGGAUAUUAGGAGCGUUCAAUUCAUUUGUUUUUGUGUCUGGUAUCACUAACACAUAAACAUGGAUGCCGUACGGUCCUUUAACAACGAGUUGUCCUCGUUGUACGAGAGCCGUCCGCCAGUGUCCAGGGCAAAGAUGGCACAGGUCACCAAGUGUGCCAUCAAAGGCAUCAAAUUCUACAAGCAUGUAGUGCAGAGUGUGGAGAAGUUCAUUCAAAAGUGUAAACCAGAGUACAAGGUCCCAGGCUUGUAUGUGAUUGAUUCCAUUGUGCGCCAGUCCCGACAUCAGUUUGGGCCUGAGAAAGAUGUCUUUUCUCCACGGUUCACGAAGAACAUCGUCAACACUUUCACUUUUCUGUUCAAGUGCCCGGCUGAAGAGAGGAGUCGUGUGGUGCGAGUGCUAAACCUGUGGCAGAAGAACAGUGUUUUUCCCAUGGAGGUCAUUCAGCCACUGUUAGAUCUGGCAGCUGAUCCCACCAACACAGAACUGGUAGCUGCAGCCCAGAGGUCAGUGGAUGCUGUAGUCAGUAUGAGCCAGAAGGUACCUUUGCCAAACACUCACUCGAGCAGCAAUGGGGGAGACUCAAACCAGCUGGUGCAGCAGACGGAGAUGUUGAGCACCAUCACCAAAUUGUUACAGCAGGCUCAAGAUGGUUCUAUGACGGCAAGCGCACCUGAGUCCCAGCUCCAGCAACUCCAGCACUUGCAGCAGCAGCUGGUCAUGCAGACAGAGAGGAUUUCAAAGCCACAGCAGGAGGCAGCCCCUGCUAUAGACAGCAACCUGUUGGCACAGAUACAGACACUAACCAAUCAGCUGCUCAGCAAAACCUCGGGCAAUGCCGAUGCUGCAGGGGAUGCUGGGAAGUCAUCAAAACCGGCAGAGCCAUUGUUCAAUAAGAAACUUCUUGAUUUUGACUAUGGUGACAGUGAUGAAGACGAUGACCACCAACACCACCACCACCAUCAUCAGCACCCACCCCCACAGCAGCGCCCGCCACCUCUGAUGAUGACACAGCCUCCUCCAGGCAUGCCUCCAGUCAUGCAAGACCCGGGUCUUCUGCAGCAGAUACAGCAAAUGUCGCAGCAAACAGAAGAGUUGCAGUCGGAGAUCGGAGCUCAGGAACAACUGCGUCGACGUUUGCUUGAGCAGCAACAGCAGCAGUUUGACAGAGAGAUUGGACAGGCUGCAUUUAUGGGCCAACCUCCACCACAAAACUUCAUGGGUCAUGAUGAUCUCCGGGGCCUUGAUGAGCAGGAGGAUGAUGAGAACAGAGAUGGUCGGGACAGAGGGGACCGCCGCAGACGCAGAGGCUCGAGGGACAGGUCAAGAUCCCCACGGAGGCGCAGGCGGUCUCGGUCACGUUCUCGGGAUAGACGUCGUAGGUCAAGGUCUAGAGACAGGCACAGGAGGUCGAGGUCUAGAGAAAGAGACAGUUCUCGUCGUGAUAGAGAAAAAGAACGGGAAAGAAGAAAGAAAGGCUUGCCCGACAUCAAGGACCAACACAUCAGUAUAUGCACGACAACAUUGUGGUUUGGACAUUUGACCAAGCACACAACUGAAGAAGAACUCAGAGAGCAUAUAGAGAAAUAUGGAACCAUUAAGACAAUCAACAUGAUUCCCCCACGGGGUUGUGCAUUCGUCUGCUUGACCCGGAGGAAGGACGCCUUCAAAGCUUUGGACAGGCUCAAGGGAGUCAAGGUCAACACCAAUGCUCUCAAGGUGGCCUGGGCUCCUGGCAUUGGUGUGAAGGAGUCGAUGUACAAGAACUUGUGGGAUGUGGAGCAGGGUGUCACAUACAUCCCGUGGGAGCAGCUGCCAGCAGACAUCACUCCGUUCCUGGAUGGAGGCAUGGUGGAUGAGGACACACUGCCAGACAGGUUGCGAGGCAUUAACAAUGGUGAAGAUGAUGGUGGGGAUGAUCAGCAACAACAACAACAGCAACAACCACAACCACCGCAGCAGCUACUUCAGCAACAGCAGCAGCAACAGCCUCCUCCCCAACCUGACCAGAGCAUGGACAAUGAGGGCAUGCACGGCAUGGAGAGCAUGAUGCAGCAGCAGCAGCUCCAGAUGGGUAUGCCUCGACAGCCUCCCAACUUCCCACCCGGAGGAAUGCCAGGUCAAAAUGCCAUGAAUCUACUUGGACCUGGUGGACCCUUAAACAUGAUGGGCAGGCCGCCUAUGGACAUGCGCCAUGGAGGUCCCAUGGGUCCAAUGGGAAGGCUGCCAGGAAUGGGUGGACCAAGACCAGGAAUGCCUGGUGGCCCGAAUAUGCGCCCAGGUGGCCCCAUGAACCUCGGAGGACCUCAGGGUGGCAUGCUUGGCCAAGGUAACCAGCUCAGAGGCCCCGGCCCCAGGAUGGACACUCCCCCACCAGGAAUGGGCAUGAACUCCCCCAACCCCCGCGGGGCCUUCCCACAGAUGGGUGCUAUGUCCCCUCGCUUCCCACAGAUGGGUGGACCUGGUGGAAUGCGACCACCAUUUUUUAACAACAAUAAUAACAAUAACAAUGAUAACAACAUGUCUGGCAUGGGUGACAGUGACAUGCGAGGAGGGAUGGUGGAGCCCAAGGAGUGGCCUCCAGAUGAUGAGGUCAAUGCGGAGGAUGAGCCUGACGAGGACUCUCUCAUGGAUUCAGAUGAACGUAUGUUGCCACUAAAUGCUGGCCAGCGUAUGCCUCCGGGGAUGAAUAUCAGGGCCCCUCUCGGGAACCCUUUUGGCCCUCGAGGUCCAUUAAAUGCCUCAGGCCCUAUGAAUGCCAUGCUGGCUGGAAUGUCACGGGCUCAGGCGCCAAGUGCAGCGGGAAUGUCAGCCAUGCUGUCUCUGCGCAUGAUGCCCCCUGGUCAACAGCAGCAAAUGCUGGCCAUGGCUGGCGGUCCAGGACCAGGGUUUGCGCUUGCGCCUGGCGGUGUACGUUUGCCAGUGUCAGCUGUUGGAGUCAGACCGGGCCUCAUGUCCGCCGGAGCCCCGACACGUUUGCUCCCGCAGUCCUCUGGGGGACCUCUGCCUGUGGCGGUCAGUAUGAAUGGCUCUGUGGUGGUGUCUCGGCCCACUGUGCCAGUGUCCAGUACACAGAUGAACAACGCCAGUCCGGAUAUUCCCCUGCCCAGCUCAGAGCGGCCCCCAUCACGGGAUGACGAUUCCCCUCACAGCAUGUUGUCCAGGAGGUCCCCCAAUCCAUUGCCACUGAUGCAGAUGGCUGGGAACAAUCGCCCUUCACCGGGUGGCCCUAUUUUAGGUCGUGGUUUUGCUCCAAUGACCAUCCGGCCCAGGGGAGGUCCAGGCUUGCUUGGCUUGCGACCUGGUGCUCAGGGAGGAACCUUUAGCCGGUUUGGGGCUCCUGCCCACAGACCCAUGAUGGGAGGUUUUGGCGGAAUGGACAGGCCGGCAUUUGGUGGGCGGUUUGGGGCCCCCUUCAGGCCUCCAGUUGGGUUCAUGGACCAUGAAGACAAAGAUGAACGUAGAAUGUUGCCUCGUCUUGAUGUUGACGAGAGGUCAGGGGAUAUAGAUGAACGCAGUGUACCCAAAAGUGAUGAGAAAGAUAGAGAUGGGCCUCAGAAAGAUGUAGAUGAGAGGAGAGAUGUUGACGAGAGGGAGAAAGUGUCUCAUCGGUCGGGCAGGCCGAGUCGCUGGUCUGAUGCCAAUGAUACAGUGGAUGUUGACGUCCCAGAGCCAGUAGUGCCAGCAGCUGUCGAGCCUGUCCCGAUGAGCGAGUCCCCUGGGCCGGAUGUUGUGGCUUCUCCGCCAAGGGUUGCCUCCCCUGUAGAGGCUGUUGUGGAGCCGACACCUGUUGUGGAAGUGCCACAAGUUGUUGAGUCUCCCCCUCCCUGCAAUGUGCCAGAGGUGGAAACUCAUACCUCACCACCUCCAGCAGCUCCUCUUUCCGCACCGUUUGACCCGCCUUCUGCGGAGUUUGACCCGCCUUCUGCGGAGUUUGACCCCCCUUCUGCUGUUAUUGACCAGCCCCCGUCAGCUAUGGAACCUCCUCCUGCUUCAGAGGUGUGUGAACCUGUUGCCACUGACAGUGGGCCGGGAGAAGGAGGUCCGUCAGAAGAGGCUCUGCUCCCUGAUGCUACUGUGGAAAGUGGUGAGGCUGAGGGGGAGGCUGAUGUUUGAAUGACUUGUGAGGGUGGAAAAUUGUGGGCAACAUGGGAAAUGAAUGCGUCAUGAAGGCGUAUCAUUGAUCAAGCAUAUGCCUUUGUGUGCAAUUGUUGGCAAGUUCUGCUCACUUACGAUUCAGAGUGAUUUGAAAUGAAAUACAUGAUUGUACAAUUUGUAAAUUGUAUAUUUUUGUUAGAUAUGAUGAUCAUUUAAACUGGAAUUUCGUUUUGUUAGAAAAUUGCAUGUGACUGCUUUGUUGAUUGAUAUAUAUUUGUACUUCUGCAGGGCUGGGUGCUGGGAUGACAUGAUGUUUUUGUGUUUGUUUUGGUGUGCAAUGUAUUUUAUGACUCUCUUUCUUUCUUUCUUGUUCACAUUCGACCUGUCUCGUUUCCUCAGUAGGCUACUUGCUCUGUGUUUCUUUGUCACUGUCACUCUCAUUCCUUCACUCUCUUCAACUGGUUUAUUCUUGUAUCUCCCUUCACUUCUUCAUUCUUUUUCCUUCUUUCUGUCUGUUUUCUGUGCCAUACUGUACUUUCAUACCUUUUCCUACUAACUAUAGUGAGAUCGUGAAUGACUGUUUGUGAUGUCAUAAAUUGUAUACGUGAUGGUCCUGCAAUGUCUGGUGUAGUUUUCUCAGUAUUUCAUUGUUGACAGGAUGCCAUAUGUUACUUAGUCAUUGUAUUCAUGCUGAAAAAUUGACUAUUUUUCUAUCGUUUUUGGCAUGAAUUAUUGGGAAGAUUGGUUGUCAGGGGAUUGUUUCUCUUAUUACUCUUAAGUUUUGUUGGUUUUGCAUGUUUACUUUAUAAUUUUUACUGAUGAAAGAGUUUUUGUUUUGUUAAAAAAGUUUUUUUAUGCGCAGGCUCAGAUCCUCAAGUAUUGUUUUCAUGGAACUGUCAUUAUGUAGGGACAUAUGGUUUUACCUCACCGGUAUUAUUCAGACUUGUACUGUGAGGGGGAGGGGGAAUGGAUUGUUACUGUCUUAGAAAAGGGUCUUGAUUAUGUUUCAUACUAUUUAUACUUUUCCAACUAUCACUAUAUAUUAUAUGCCUUUUGUCUUUUCCCUCUCUUUGCACUUUUCUUUUCCCUUCUUUCCUUCCUUCUUAGAAAAGAAAAAUGAUAUUUUAAAAUUUAAAUUAAUAACUUUCCCUUUUUGUUUGGAGUGGAUUUCCUGUCUGUGGGAGCUGAAUGAGCAAAGCAUGUUUUUGGAAGAAUUAACAAAUGAGUGGUUUCAACACUUUUUAAAAAUUUCGAUUGACAGUAAACAGUAACACCUUGUGUGAAAUCUCAGCAGUUUUUCAUUUUCAGUAGAGUCACCUUCCAACAAUAGGAAUACUUCCUCAGAAAGUUGAGAAAGAGUCCUCUAUAAAAAAGAAUUGCCCACCUUUCAAAUACCAGGUAUUGCAGUUACUAAUCUUGGCCACUGUCGCUUGUGAUCUCAGUUAUUAUUUUUUUGUUUCUUCCACUUUCUUGACAUUUCUAAUAGGCUUAAAUUUGGUAGCUACAAUGAUGUUUAAUUGCCGAUUCGUCACUGCUUUAUUAAUUUUGACUUGUUAAAUUGAUCUAAGUAUACUAGUUUGUACCAGAAAUUUGAUAGGCUACAUUGGUUUUUAUAUAUGCACCAAAUGUGAUGUAGGUUACAGUAUUGUAUGGAUAAAAGGAUUGGAGUUGUAGCAGAAGUGUUGAGACCUGUCUUUUAACUAGAGAAACAAGGAGAAAAGAGGGUUAAGGAUAGUGAUCGCGUGAGUGAUGCUAUUCAAGGCACACUCUUUUCCUUCGUGUCAGUCAAUGUUGCGGGCUUCGUUCAGUUACGGUCUCGGAGGUCCUUUACUCUUUUGCGCUCGGUUUAUCUGGCACUGUCCUUAGACCUCCUUUCUCAUUGUCUCUUGCUGUGAUCAUUGACAUCAUAGAGGUCAAUUACAGUUUAUAGGCUCACACUUGUUCUUUUAGAGAAUUCUUUAUUGUGUGCAGUGGAAAUGUUUGUUACAUGAUUGUUAUUUUUGUUGUUGUUUGUUAUUAUAAUAAUGCUCAUGCUGACAUUAUUCUUUGUUUCACAAUGGAGGAAGGGUAACUGUUUUGGGGAAUUGGGAAAAGGUUGGCUUCAUUCUCAUUGCAUACCAAAUACUGCUAAAUGUAGUUCAGAAUUCUUUAUGAGUCAUGAGUGAUCUACUUCUUUUUGGUUUGUGUCCUCCCAACAAUUCAUGAUGAUUUAAUUGAUGUUAUUCUCUGCCUCCUAUCUUCCAUUCAUAGAAUAGAGCUUCACAAAACUAUUUACAAUUGUAAUGAGAUUUGCUUUGCUCAAGAAUGUUGGUUUAAAAAACAGCACCCCUGUCACGCCUCAAUUUUACUCUGUCUUUGAUAGAAUUUGGACUCACCUUAUUAUAAUGUUAGCUGGACCUAAAGAUUUUGUUGAUAGUGAUCGGUUCUCUGUCUCAGUCACAAAAAAUAGAGAGAUUGGAAAAGAGUUUGAGUCAACUGAAAGGCUUCUCUAAUAAUCCACAUGAAUCAUCAGUCCCCUAACGUUAGCUAGGUAGCAUUGUCCUUUGCAUGCUCCUGUCUGUCCUGGUAAAAUUGUCUGCUCUCCCGUUUGUCUGUGAAUGUAAUGAGUCUGAGGUACGGUAAGUGUAUUGUAUGUGUGUGUGUACUACUAUGUGACAAAUAGUCACGGACAUCAACCUCCACGUCCAUCCAUCACGCUGCGGAGCCGUGAGCCAAAUUGGCGCUUUACUCAAAACACCUUGACCUCAGGACCUCUCCAGGGACGGGGCCAAGAGCAGCUCUUCAUCUGCUUGCCCCUGUGGGCGGGAAAAUAUUUCCAACAUAACAUGUAUGGUGAUGAAUGAUUGCCCUUUCCUCAACACUAAUGCUUGUUGGUUUCCGUCAUUGUAGGCUCUGCUCUGUUCCUGUUCUAUAAAAGCUGAUGUUUGGGACUUUCGCUACUUUUAAAUCAUCAGCUGGUGGGGAUCUUUUGUUUGCAAUUCAGCUCCAGUAGUAAGUGAAAUAAAUUGAAAUUGCAAUGCAAGAGAAAUUUUGUUUUUUCUUCAGAUUUGUAUUAUUUUGAUGCCAAAAUUCCUUUGUUUUUAUUUGAAAGUUGGGGAGGAGUACUUUGUAUCGUAAGGUAGUAGGCCAAAGCCUACAAAACGAUGUUCUCUUUUUUUUCAAUAGAGUUGAUUUUAAUUGUAUGGCGAUUUGAAUUAACUGAAAUUUACUUUGGUUUUAUUUUCUGUGAGGAAUAGGGUACCGGUAUCUACUACAGACUAGUAAAGUUGUUCUUUAGUUUUCUACAAUUCUUGUUUGUGUACGGACCAUGGUGUUUCUGUUGUUGUCUCAAUAGCCUGUUUAAUUUUAAUGUUAACCAUAAGCUGGGCAGGCACUUGAAUGUGAAAUGCUCUUGGCCCCAGGUAUGUAUCAGCCUAUGCCUAAUGUGCAUUGUGCUGCUAUAUUCCACUGUCAUUUUUUGUCAUACUCCAGCUUGUUCUCACAGGGGUUAGGGGAAAAGUUAAAGAGGGACCACACUCGUGAAUCUCGUAGUUCAGUCGCCCACCACUGCUUUGCAACAUUUUUUCAGUAAUAAGUAAUCUUCUGUUUGCCCUAUGACAUAUAUUUAAUUUAUUCUUGGGUCUUGGAUUACCACCGUUUUUCUCUUCUUUUUUUCUUUGAUUGGUUGGAAAAAAAAGGGGGAGAGGGGGGUCCAUUUGGUAAUUUAAUAGUAGACAGGUCACAGAUCGGUGUCUGCUUCAGAACACCAGGCCUGUUUUUUACUGUUCUUCUAAUUCAAGCUUCAAGUUAGCUCUAGUUGUUGCCCCGCCUGACCGCGCUCUUUGUAGUUUGCAGGCCUUCUGGGGAAGGGGGACACUUGACUUAUGUUUUGACCUUGAACUUUGAAAUUGUCACUGAUAAAAAUAAAGUCCAGGGAAUAAAAACUUCA